UGAAUGCGAUCUUGGAGAUCUGGACGCGUCGCUUGUUCAAUAGCCUUUUGUACGCCGCAGUCUGAACACUUGUUUUCUCUGUAGAUCGAUCCAAAUCGUUUAACAGUAUAACAUAGCUAGAAGACCAUUUGUAUUCGAUUCGACUUAUUAUUUUUAAACAUUCAAUAUGCAGAUCUUCGUCAAAACUUUGACUGGUAAAACUAUCACUUUGGAAGUUGAGUCAUCAGAUUCCAUUGAAAAUGUAAAAGCCAAGAUCCAAGACAAAGAAGGUAUCCCACCAGACCAACAACGUUUGAUCUUUGCCGGAAAGCAACUUGAAGACGGACGCACACUCUCCGACUACAACAUUCAAAAAGAAUCUACCCUUCACUUGGUGUUGCGACUCCGAGGUGGUAUGCAAAUCUUCGUAAAGACACUCACUGGAAAGACCAUUACAUUGGAGGUAGAAUCAUCUGAUUCUAUUGAAAAUGUUAAGGCCAAGAUCCAAGACAAGGAAGGUAUCCCACCAGACCAACAACGAUUGAUCUUUGCUGGAAAGCAACUUGAAGAUGGACGUACCCUUUCCGACUACAACAUUCAAAAAGAAUCUACCCUUCACUUGGUGUUGCGACUCCGAGGUGGUAUGCAAAUCUUUGUCAAGACCCUCACAGGAAAAACUAUUACAUUGGAAGUUGAGUCAUCAGAUUCUAUUGAAAAUGUAAAAGCCAAGAUCCAAGACAAGGAAGGUAUCCCACCAGACCAACAACGUUUGAUCUUUGCCGGAAAGCAACUCGAAGACGGACGUACCCUUUCCGACUACAACAUCCAGAAAGAAUCUACCCUUCACUUGGUGUUGCGUCUCCGUGGUGGUAUGCAAAUCUUUGUAAAGACCCUCACUGGAAAGACCAUUACAUUGGAAGUUGAGUCAUCAGAUUCUAUUGAAAAUGUAAAAGCCAAGAUCCAAGACAAGGAAGGUAUCCCACCAGACCAACAACGUUUGAUCUUUGCCGGAAAGCAACUCGAAGACGGACGUACCCUUUCCGACUACAACAUCCAGAAAGAAUCUACCCUUCACUUGGUGUUGCGUCUCCGUGGUGGUAUGCAAAUCUUUGUAAAGACCCUCACUGGAAAGACCAUUACAUUGGAAGUUGAGUCAUCAGAUUCUAUUGAAAAUGUAAAAGCCAAGAUCCAAGACAAGGAAGGUAUCCCACCAGACCAACAACGUUUGAUCUUUGCCGGAAAGCAACUCGAAGACGGACGUACCCUUUCCGACUACAACAUUCAAAAAGAAUCUACCCUUCACUUGGUGUUGCGACUCCGAGGUGGUAUGCAAAUCUUUGUCAAGACCCUCACAGGUAAGACUAUUACAUUGGAAGUUGAGUCAUCAGAUUCUAUUGAAAAUGUUAAGGCCAAGAUCCAAGACAAGGAAGGUAUCCCACCCGACCAACAACGUUUGAUCUUUGCCGGAAAACAACUCGAAGAUGGACGUACCCUUUCCGACUACAACAUCCAGAAAGAAUCUACCCUUCACUUGGUGUUGCGUCUCCGUGGUGGUAUGCAAAUCUUUGUCAAGACCCUCACUGGAAAGACCAUUACAUUGGAGGUAGAAUCGUCUGAUUCUAUUGAAAAUGUUAAGGCCAAGAUCCAAGACAAGGAAGGUAUCCCACCAGACCAACAACGUUUGAUCUUUGCCGGAAAGCAACUUGAAGACGGACGCACACUUUCCGACUACAACAUUCAAAAAGAAUCUACCCUUCACUUGGUGUUGCGACUCCGUGGUGGUAUGCAAAUCUUCGUAAAGACCCUCACUGGAAAGACCAUUACAUUGGAAGUUGAAUCGUCUGAUUCUAUUGAAAAUGUUAAGGCCAAGAUCCAAGACAAGGAAGGUAUCCCACCAGACCAACAACGAUUGAUCUUUGCCGGAAAACAACUCGAAGAUGGACGUACCCUUUCCGACUACAACAUCCAGAAAGAAUCUACCCUUCACUUGGUGUUGCGUCUCCGUGGUGGAGCACAAUAAUUUUAACUCAAUUUGUUAUUUCUACUUUAUCCAAAAUAUGAAUUCCAAAAUUUAAAAUAUUCCCAAUUUUGCUUAGCAUUUUCUUUUUUUUUAUCUCAGUUUUCAUUACUAUUCUGACACAACAUUCAUAUUGAAAGUCAACAAAUAAAAAUAAUUUUACUAUUCAA